AUGGCGGCAUUGACACAGGCUCUGGUUGAAUCCAUCAUACGUCCCGGCAUCCGCACCUUGGGACGACUAGCGCCCUGGAGCCAGGAUACACAGGAGCUAACACUCAACCUGUCGCUGCUAACGGAGGCGUUCCUGCAGCUGCUCGCGUCGGGGCUCGGCACGCUCGCCCUCGUCUGGGCCACCGUCGUCCUUCUCGGCGGUUACUCCACCGCGCUCGUGAGAAUGGAUUUCUGGUUCACCACGGCCAUCGUCUUCGUUGAAACCGCCAGGUAA